AUGUUCUCAGGACUCUGGCCUUUCUCUCAACUUACGGUCUGGUUUAAGGCUACCAGAAGACAGUGAGGACACUAUGACCUUGCAUCGUUCAAGCUCCUGUGGUGCUUGUACCUCCUGGCCUUCACAAUCCUCCCACAGCAGGUGUGGGCACCCCCCUACAAGAUAGACGUAGCGGGCCCUUGGCCUUGUGAUCAGUUGUUCUCAAAGGCCCUGCCUAAAGUUGCUGCUCAAUUAGCCACUGAAUGGAUCAACAGAGACCCAUCAUUGGACCUGAGUUACUCUUUUGGAUAUGUGAUUCUCAGUGAAGACUGCUAGACUUCCAGGGCCUUCUCCAGUUUCAUUUCUUACCACCAGAUGGCCUCAGGAUUUAUUGGAUCUGCCAACCCUGGCUACUGCGAGACAGCCGCACUCCUUGGAAACAGCUGGGACAAAGGGAUUUUCUCUUGGGUUUGUGUAAAUUAUGAAUUAGACAAUAAAAAUAGCUACCGGACAUUUUCUCAGACACUCCCUUCUCAUAUCCAGGUGCUGUUAACUGUGAUGGAAUAUUUCCAGUGGGCUCCUGCUGGAGUAAUUUCCUAAGAUGAAGACAUCUGGGUGCACACAGCCAAUCAAGUUGCAAAUACUCUUUGGAGCUGUGGCUUACCUGUAGGGGUCGUCCUGACUACAGGACAAGACAACCAAAGCAUUCAGAAAGCUCUCCAGCAGAUUUGCCUGGGAGAGGGAAUUUGAAUAAUCAUAAUGUGUAUGCAUUCAGCCUUGACUGAGGGAGAAACUCAGACACAUCUCUUGGAGUGGGCUCAUUAUCUGAGUGUGACUGAUGGAACCUAUAUCUUUGUUCCCUAUGAUGCCCUGUUCUACAGUUUACCCUAUAGACAUACCUCCUACCAGGUUCUGAAAAAUGACCCAAAACUCUGGGAAGCUUAUGAUGCUGUGUUGACCAUUGCAGUAGAGUCUCAAGAAAAUACUUUCUAUCAAGCCUAUUGAGAGGUAGCAGCUAGAGGUGAAAUUUCUGAGAAACUGGAGUCAGAUCAAGUUUCACCAUUGUUUAGAACCAUCUACAAUUCAAUUUACCUUAUCACGCAAGCCAUGAAUAGUACUAUGAAAGAAAAUGGAUGGGCUAGUGCUGCCAGCCUGGUUAAGCAUUCCAGAAAUAUGCAGUUUUAUGGAUUCAGCCAGUUGAUAAAGACAGAUGGAAAUGGAAUUUCAGAAUAUGUAAUCCUGGACACCAACAAGAAGGAAUGGGAACUCCAUAGUACUUACACUGUGGACAUGGAAACGGAGCUAUGGUUCAGAGAGACUCCCAUUCACUUCCCUGGGGUUAAGCUCCCUUGAGUAGAUGCAAAAUGCUGGUUUGCAGAAAGGAAGGCCUGCUAAGGAGGUUUCAACCCUGCCUUUGCCGUGAUGGCCUGCCUUCCUUUGCUGAUAGCCCUGCUGUCUAUUAAUGGAUUUACUUACUUUAUAAAGCAUUGUAUAAAUAAAAUCCAGUUGAUUAAAGGGCCCAACAGAAUUCUACUGACUUUGGACACUGUGACAUUAUUUAUCAAUCCCCAUUUUGGCAAUAAGAAAGGAAGUCAUGUUAGUGUAAGCUUCCAAAUUACCUCAGAGGUCCAAAGUGGGAGGUCCCCAAGGCUUUCCUUUUCUUCAGGGAGUUUAACUCCAGCUACUUAUGAAAACUCCAACAUAGCGAUUUAUGAAAUGAAGGACAUGCGGCACAAGAAUAUUAACCCUUUCUUGGGCUUCUUCUAUGAUUCUAGGAUGUUUGCCAUUGUGACAGAAUUCUGUUCCCAAAGGAGUCUAGAAGACAUACUGAAGAAUGAGGAUAUGAAACUAGACUGGAUGUUUAAAUCAUCACCCCUGCUGGAUCUCAUCAAGGGCAUGGAAUACUUACACCACAGCGAGCUUGCUCAUGGGAGGCUGAAAUUUUGGAACUGUGUGGUAGAUGGGCAUUUUGUAUUAAAAGUGACAGAUUAUGGCUUUUAUGACAUCUUGGAAAUGUUAAGACUCUCCCAAGAGGAACCUUCUGCUAAAGAGUUAUUGUGGACUGCCCCUGAAAUGCUGAGAGCCCCUACGGGAAGGAGGUUAGGUUCUCUUGCAGGAGAUAUCUAUGGCUUUGCCACCAUCAUGCAAGAAGUUACGGCCUGGGUAACCCCAUUCUGUAUGAUGGAUCUGCCUGCUGAAGAAAUCAUAGACAGACUUAAGAAGCCUCCUCCUGUGUAUAGACCACUUGUUCCUCCUGAGCAUCCCCCUCCAGAAUGUCUCUAGCUGAUGGAGCAGUGCUGGGCUGAGGCUGCAGGACAAUGACCAACUUUUGAUGAAAUAUUUAACCUGUUCCAAACUUUCAAUAAAGGGAAGGAGACCAAUAUCAUUGAUUCUAUGCUUUGGAUGUUGGACCACUUGGAAGAUUUGAUCCAGAAGUGGACUGAAGAGUUGGAAAUUAAAAAACAGAAAACAGAAAAGCUUCUAGCACAGAUGCUACCACUAUCAGUUGCCGAAUCCCUCAAAAAGGGCUGCACGGUCCAACCUGAAAAUUUUGACUUGGUCACCUUGUACUUCAGUGGCAUUGUGGGCUUAACCACUAACUCUGCCAUGAGUGGCUCCACUGAGGUGGUGGAUCUUCUCAAUGACCUUUAUGCACUCUUUGAUGCCAUCAUUGGCAGUCAUGAUAGUCAUGAUGUAGAGACCAUUGGAGAUGCUUACAUGGUGGCCUCAGGCCUCCCUAAGAGGAGUGGCAGUAGGCAUGUAGCUGAGAUUGCAAACAUGUUCCUAGAUAUCUUGAGCUCCAUGGGUACCCUCACGAUGUGUCAUAUGCCAGAAGUGCCAGUUCAGAUUCAAAUAGGCUUGCAUUCAGGGCACAUUGUUGCUGGAAUGGUGGGCCUCAUCAUGCCCAGAUACUGCUUCAGAAACACUGUGAACACAGCUUCUUGGAUGUAAGCAGCAGGGUUACCUUAUUACAUUCAUGUCAGUCAUAGCAUUGUGACAAUUCUUUGAGCUGUAGGUGAGGGAUGUGAAGUGGAGCUUUGAGGAAGGACAGAACUCAAAGGCAAAGGAGCGGAAGACCUUCGGUUAACUGGAAAAAAAGGCUUCACAAAGUCCCUUCUUGUGCUCCCAGCAGUGGGAAAAGAUGGGUAACAAGUGGGCCAUGGACUGCCACCAGUAGAGAUCGCAGCCUCCCAAAGAAGAACAGAGAGGCAACUGAUGAGAAACAAACCACAAGAGCGGGAUGGAAUUGGUGAAUUUCCAAGUUUGGCUAAGAUAUGCAAAAACCUCGUGAGGAGGCUUGCUGCAGAGUGA